AUGGCCCGAAUGAACCGCCCAGCUCCUGUGGAAAUCACCUACAAGAACAUGAGAUUCCUAAUCACACACAAUCCAACCAAUGCAACCUUAAACAAAUUUAUAGAGGAACUGAAGAAAUACGGUGUUACCACAGUGGUAAGAGUGUGUGAAGCUACUUACGACACUGCUCCGGUGGAAAAAGAAGGCAUUCAGGUUUUGGAUUGGCCCUUUGAUGACGGUGCUCCACCAUCCAACCAGAUUGUUGAUGAUUGGCUAAACCUCCUUAAAGUUAAAUUCCGUGAAGAACCUGGUUGUUGUAUUGCUGUACACUGUGUUGCUGGUCUUGGAAGAGCUCCAGUCUUAGUUGCUCUUGCACUGAUAGAAUGUGGAAUGAAGUAUGAAGAUGCAGUGCAGUUCAUAAGGCAGAAGCGGCGUGGCGCUUUUAACAGCAAGCAACUUCUGUACUUGGAGAAAUACCGCCCCAAGAUGCGUCUGCGUUUUAAAGACUCCAAUGGUCACAGAAAUAAUUGUUGUAUUCAGUAAAGCUCAACAGCCUAUAGUACUUCUUUGAGAUUAAAGGAUGGAAACUAGAAUUAAGCAGACUGCAUGCCGAAGACAUGAGUCUGGUAUUUCUUAGUAGUAAAGGAAGCUUCCUUAGGAGUAUUUAAUAGGCUAAAGGCUUAGUAGAAAUGCAACUUGUAUGUUUAGAUAAAUAUCCAUCUGUUUGGAGACCCACUAAAUGUUUUUGCUGUAUCCUGUUUCUGAGCUGUCUCCUUGUUCAUUAAUUACCAGCUCAAAUAUCCUUUAAUCAUGCCAUUGAGUCUUACCCACCUAGUUUCAACUACUAAAAAUUGGGGUACUAAAAUAAACCAAUCUGUAGAGAGAUUAGGUGCCAAAAUACCCAGCAUAUCAGCUACACGUUUUUCCUUACAAAUGAGCAUAGUUCUGACAACGUGAGAACUACCAGCUUAUCUGGACCUUACUAUCUUUUUUCUACAGUCAUUUCAAUAUUGAAGAAUAUGGCCUCUAAGAUAGUCUUGCCUACUCACUGUAUGUCUUGUCUCUCACAAUCGCACUAGAAUUAUCAGGAUUUGCACAGUCUGUCUUUUUAAUACCAUGGAUUACAACAACUUUUUACCCCAGUGUCUGUACUUUUCUGUUAUCAGAACCUCUCCAUCUUAACAAAUCAGAACCUCUCCAUCUUAACAAAUCAGAACCUCUCCAUCUUAACAAAUCAGAACCUCUCCAUCUUAACAAAUCAGAACCUCUCCAUCUUAACAAAUCAGAACCUCUCCAUCUUAACAAAUCAGAACCUCUCCAUCUUAACAAAUCAGAACCUCUCCAUCUUAACAAAUCAGAACCUCUCCAUCUUAACAAAUCAGAACCUCUCCAUCUUAACAAAUCAGAACCUCUCCAUCUUAACAAAUCAGAACCUCUCCAUCUUAACAAAUCAGAACCUCUCCAUCUUAACAAAUCAGAACCUCUCCAUCUUAACAAAUCAGAACCUCUCCAUCUUAACAAAUCAGAACCUCUCCAUCUUAACAAAUCAGAACCUCUCCAUCUUAACAAAUCAGAACUCUCUGGUUACUCAUGUAGAUAAUCUUUUAAAUUGUACAGAAGCACACAAGUCUUUAGUGUCUCCAGACAAAAAGCCUUACAGUAAAAUUAAUGUUGGCACUUGAUGUGCAACUUAACAGAGGGCCUGAAAAGGUUGGGAGGGGCUAUUUAAUAUUUCUAGUAAAAUGUUGCCUUUGUCUUGUGCAGGAAGUAUAGAAUAUGCCCUUUACUUCAGUAAAUAUUUUUUUAAAACGUAGAAAUGCUUUGUUAUUGUAGCUAAAAAUUCUUAAUCAGAAAAUCUCUGAAAAAUCUUGUAGUUUCUUUUACUGUACCUAUUGAAAGUUGUUUACCAACUAUUGCUUUGUUGAAAGUGUGAUUUAUUUUGUUUUUCCUCCUUGAGUUUCUGCUAUGACUUGGGCAGACCUCUGUAAUAUUUUGUAUGCCUUUCAAGCUGCGUAACUUAAUAUUUGGAUACUUGAUAAUUUGUUUUAUUAUGUAAUUGAUAAAAUGGUGAUGUGUAUUAAUGUUAGUUCAACCAUAUAUUUAUACUGUCUUGGGAAUGUGUGGUUAUAGUUCUGUGGGAGAAAUAAUUUUGCCAGUGUUCACCAGCUUGUAAAAUCUAGUGCGAGAGCUUAAACAUCUAAAUAAAUACUGAAAUGCACUUACAAAGUUUGCUGAAACGCUCAUGACUUUCACUUAUUUUUGUGUACUUUGUCAGCAAUCUUGAGGUGCCUAAAUUCAGAAUUUAUCCAGGCAUCUGUUUUCUUUUUUUAAAUCUGGGUUUGAAUGUCCCCUUUCCUGUAAUGUUUGCUGUUUGUUUUACUCAUAAAUAAAUGUGGACAAAAUUAAUA